CUUCAAUUUGUAGUAAGAUUUGUUAUGGCAUUAUACUAAGAUAUUAAAAUCGUCUGAUAUUUUUGGUUCUUUAAAUUUAUCCAUUUCAAUCCUUAUAAGAAACGAAAUAAUUUACAGUCAUGGUUGCGUUUUCGGGAUCUGGUGAUUCCAAACAAGCAACGAAUGCUUAUAAAGACAAAAGUAAACCGGCUGAAGUCCGAAAAAGCAAUAUCGCAGCCGCUAAAGCUGUUGCUGAUGCCAUUCGUACGAGUUUAGGUCCUAAAGGAAUGGACAAAAUGAUUCAGUCUAGUAAUGGAGAAGUUGCUAUUACUAAUGAUGGUGCCACUAUUUUGAAACAAAUGAAUGUGAUACAUCCUGCAGCUAAAAUGUUAGUUGAAUUGUCAAAUGCUCAAGAUGUAGAAGCUGGUGAUGGUACAACAAGUGUAGUAGUAGUGGCAGGAGCUCUUUUAGAAGCUUCUGAAAAACUUUUACAAAAAGGAAUUCACCCAACUGCUAUAUCUGAUGGCUUUCAAAAAGCAGCUGCUAAGGCAAUUGAAAUAAUCAAAGAUAUGGCUACACCUAUUCAGUUAACUGAUCGAGAAAGUUUAGUUAAAAGUGCUUCUACUGCCUUAAAUUCUAAGGUUGUAUCACAACAAUCAUCAUUGUUAGCUCCUUUGGCAGUUGAUGCUGUUCUUAAAGUUGUAGAUCCUGCUAAAGACACUAAUGUUGAUCUAAAGGAUAUCAAAGUUAUUAAGAAACUUGGAGGAACGGUAGAAGACACUAAGCUUGUUGAUGGUCUAGUCUUCACUCAAAAAUCAUCUAAUGUUAAUGGCCCCAAGAAAAUUGAAAAAGCAAAAAUUGGCCUUAUUCAGUUUUGUAUAUCUCCUCCUAAAACAGAUAUGGAUUACAAUGUUGUGGUCUCUGAUUAUACUGCAAUGGACCGUGUGUUACGAGAAGAAAGAGCAUACAUUUUAAAUAUUGUCAAACAAAUAAAAAAAGCUGGUUGUAAUGUUUUGUUAAUUCAAAAAUCAAUAUUGCGUGAUGCAUUAUCUGAACUAGCUAUUCACUUUUUGGACAAAAUUAAAUGCAUGGUCAUUAAUAAUAUAGAACGAGAAGACAUAGAUUAUGUUUGCAAGACCCUGAAUUGUAGACCUAUUGCUAGUUUGGAUCAUUUUGUUGCUGAAAACCUUGUAUCGGCUGAUCUUGUUGAAGAUGUUAUGACUGGAAAUAGUCAUUUUGUGCAAAUUACUGGAAUACAAAAUCCUGGAAGAACAGUCAGUGUUAUUGUACGAGGUUCGAACAAAUUAGUUUUAGAAGAAGCUGAACGAUCCCUUCAUGAUGCUCUAUGUGUAAUUCGUUGUCUAGUAAAACAGAGAGCAUUGUUAGCUGGUGGUGGAGCUCCUGAAAUUGAAAUCAGUUUAAAACUGGCAGAAAUCGCCAGGUCAGUUACUGGAGUUGAUGCAUACUGUUAUAAAGCAUUUGUACAAGCAUUAGAAGUGAUUCCUUUGACAUUAUCAGAAAAUGCAGGUCUUAAUCCUAUUACCACAGUGACUGAAUUGCGUAAUCGUCAUUCUCAAGGGGAAAUUACUGCUGGUAUUAAUGUUAGAAAGGGCGCAAUAACCAAUAUUUUAGAAGAAAAUGUGGUACAGCCUUUGCUAGUAUCAAUUAGUGCUAUCACUUUAGCUUCAGAAACUGUACGCAGCAUUUUGAAAAUUGAUGAUAUUGUGAAUACUAGAGGGUAUUAAUUUAAUAUUUCAUAUUCUUUCGGUCCAGAGGAAAGAGACUGCACCAUUUAUAAUUCAACUAACAUCCUGUAGGACCGUUGAAAUUUCUUCAGGCCUUUUUUCUAUUAACUAGAAUUGAAUGCUUAAUGCAAAAAAUUUUUUGUUGAACAUAUUUUUUACUCAUUUAAUAACAAUCUAUUUAAAAAAAAAAAAAACGUAAAAUUUGUCUAACAA